UCCAAGUCAAAGACUUCAUUCCCUUUUUCUCCGUUGGACCGGCAGCUCGUGCGUUUCAAAGGCGGCCGUCCUAUUCGGCUGUGUCAAGAGACCACAGUCAGCAGACCGGACCCCCACCUCAAAAGUCCAAGAUACCAGCAAGAAAAGGGGUGGUAUCUUGAGGUCCGUUCUGUUCUUUAAAAAAAAAAACAUCCCAGUGCGAUCCAAGUGACGAUCGAUUCCGUUCUGUUUGGGGUUUAUUGGCUAUUUUCGAUUGGGGCGACAGAUUCGGAUGGUGAAAAAGAGAAACACGCGUUUUGAAAAAUUCCGCCAAUUCGUUCCAGAAGUCGAAGAGGACGUCGGUUGAUUCGCUCAGAGGCCAGCAACUUGUCAGAAAGUCGAGACAACAAAACGGGUGGUAAUAUUCCAACCGUCCGCGAGGUUUCCAAUCCGCGGGCCAUGUUAAGAGCGACCUCACGCUCCUGCAAGGCCGGGACGUCGCCGUCAGUCUGCUGCACUCUACUGCUGGCCAGCUUGACCGUCGUCCUGGUCACUGUCGCAUCAUCUUCAGCCCCACCGCCAGCCACCGCUAGCCGAUUCGGUUCAUCCCUGCCCCAAGUCUUUACCAACUCGUUUCUAGUCAAGCUCCGCGGCGUACAGGAUCGACAGCAGGCUGACUUGAUAGCUCGCCGCAAUGGAUUCGAAAACUGGGGAUCGGUUAUCGGCUCCGAUCACGAUUACCACUUUGUGCACCAUGCUCUGCCACACGCACGGACCAAACGCAGCGUGUUGCACACCCGCCAACUCAAAGCCGACCCACUGAUUCACAGCGCCGUUCAGCAAGUAGGUUUCCGUCGGUUCAAGCGCGGCUACAAGAAACCAUUGGCGACGCCCAUCGACCCGGCCGCAGCCAUCGCCGCAGCAGCCAAAGAGCACAGAGAUCCAACCGAUCCCUACUUCACAUAUCAAUGGUAUCUGAAAAAUACUGGACAGAAUGGAGGCAAACCUCGACUGGAUUUGAAUGUAGAAGCGGCUUGGGCUCAAGGAGUUACUGGCAAAAAUGUCACAACGGCUAUUAUGGAUGACGGUGUGGACUACAUGCACCCAGAUCUCCGAAACAAUUACAACGCCAAAGCCAGCUACGAUUUUAGCAGCAACGAUCCAUUCCCUUAUCCAAGAUACACCGACGAUUGGUUCAACAGCCAUGGAACCCGUUGCGCUGGAGAGGUGUCUGCCGCCCGUGACAACCAGGUGUGUGGCGUCGGCGUCGCCUACGAUUCCAAAGUGGCAGGAAUCCGAAUGCUGGAUCAGCCCUAUAUGACGGACCUGAUUGAAGCAAACUCGAUGGGUCACGAACCGCACUUGAUUGACAUCUACAGCGCAUCUUGGGGCCCUACGGACGACGGUAAAACAGUGGACGGCCCACGAAACGCCACCAUGAGGGCCAUUGUUCGAGGAGUCAACGAAGGUCGACGUGGACUGGGCAACAUCUACGUGUGGGCUAGCGGCGACGGCGGUUCCGACGACGAUUGCAAUUGCGAUGGAUACGCGGCUUCAAUGUGGACAAUAUCCAUCAAUUCGGCAAUCAACGACGGGCAGAACGCCCAUUACGACGAGAGCUGUUCUUCCACCUUGGCUUCGACAUUUAGUAACGGUGCCAAAGAUCCAAACACCGGAGUCGCCACCACCGACUUGUACGGUAAAUGCACGAAAACGCAUUCGGGAACUUCGGCAGCCGCACCGGAAGCUGCUGGCGUAUUCGCUCUCGCUUUGGAAGCCAAUCCGUCGUUGACGUGGAGGGACAUCCAGCACUUGACUGUGUUGACAUCUAAACGCAAUUCCCUCUUCGAUGCCAAGCGUCGAUUCGAAUGGACCAUGAACGGCGUGGGCUUGGAGUUCAAUCACCUCUUCGGUUUCGGCGUCCUGGAUGCUGGCUCGAUGGUCACGUUGGCUAAAGCAUGGCGAUCGGUUCCAGCCCGUUUUCAUUGUCAAGGUGGCGCCAUGAUGCAACCCAAACCAAUCCCAACCAACGGCUCUCUGAUUUUGACACUAGACACACGUUCAUGCCAAGGAAGUGAAACUGAAGUUGAUUAUCUGGAACACGUUCAGGCCGUUAUCAGCCUAAACACGACACGUCGAGGCGAAGUCGAGAUGUUUCUGACUUCACCUAUGGGAACGAGAUCCAUGAUUCUGAGCCGCCGACCGAAUGAUGAUGACAGCCGCGAUGGAUUCACCAAAUGGCCGUUCAUGACUACGCACACAUGGGGCGAGGACCCUCGUGGGCGUUGGACAUUGGAGGUCCGUUUCAAUUCCCCUACUGGCGCCAAGCAGAGCGGUUGGCUACGUGAAUGGACUCUGAUGCUUCACGGGACACGGGACGCUCCUUACGUCGGUCUCCCAGCUGGUGAUAAACAUUCCAAACUAGCUAUAGUCAAGAAAGCCCACGAAGAACGUAAGAAGGCUCGCAAAUAGAAUCGGACAAAUUAAUUAAACAAAAGAAGUGAAGCAGUAAACCACCAAAACUUGAAAAAAAUCCAAACAAAAACAAAUCCCAACAAAAACAAAUUCUCCUCUCCCUCCCAUAUACUCUUUAAAAAAAAAAUACGGAAGAAAACGCAACAACCAGGGACGAUCUUGCUCCUCUUCUUUUCCUCUCUUUCUCUAUCGAUUUCCUUUCCACCAUAUCGACGUUGAGCUUUCCGUUCGAAUUUCUGAGUUUAUGGCAUUGUUAUACAUCUCUUUCAUUCUCCUCGGUAAAUGUCCUAUCGUAAACUUCACCACGAAAUGCUACUAUAUUGCAAUUAUUACAUGUUAUGCUGUCAAAUCUGAUUAAUACCUACCAAACUUCUUCACAAUUCCCCGACUCGGCUCCUUAUUGACGCGUGAUCAUUUAUAUCGGGACUGGCGAAUUCUCGGAAGGCUGCUGCUGCUUCUCCAUUACCCAACACACACGAAAAAAUACAAAAAAACUUAAAUUCCUCGACUCCUCCUUCCUUUCGAAUUCGAAAAAGAACUACUACUACUAUAUGAAAAUCUUGUUGGAAACAUGACAAGGGGGAAAAUUGUUUGUCAGCUCGAGGGCAGUGUUCCUGUAUCAUUAUGUCUUAAAUUCUUUCUUACCUUCCCGUUUUCUGUUUGCCGGAUUGUUACGAUAUACCCUCAACCGGCGUUCUCUUAUAUAGCUUUGUAUCUUACAUGUUAAUUAUAGGGUCGAUGGAGCUGAUUUUUUUCCCCUUUGAUCUUCACCUAAUUUUUUUUUCCAGUUGACUCCUGUGUUAAUUCGGGUGUCAAAAGAUCAAACUGAGUAUUCAAACAACUUUAUCUUAUUAUUAUCUCACGUGAACGUUCCCAAAUACGAAGAUAUAUAAAAUCUAGCUUCGAUUCUACUAACGUUACUUACUGGGUAGUAUUAAGUCAUUGAACUGCGAGAUGGACGACAAAUCGUGAGGGAAUGCGUUCAUCGUGUCCUGGUAACUUUUCCUUUCUCUCCAACUUAUAUUUCCGUUUUCUUGUUCGCGGUUCAUCGAUCGAAGAUCAUUUCCCAGUGGGAAUCGUACCAGCUACUAUCACAACACAAAAGUACUACAUUCCCUUUGCCCCCGCAUCAGCCUCUUUUGUUGGGUUUCUUUUCUUUUCAUAACUUUCUAUUCUUCCUUUUAUGUUACUUUGCUGUAGGUAACAAUGAGAAAAGAGUCUAUAAUCGAAUACAAAGUAACAUAUAUAGCUGUA